GGGUACUUUCAUGACUGGGUUCUCAUUCCUAUGUCGAGGUGGUACUGCCGACGCAACGGUAUCCCGAUAGGUCUAGGGAUAUGGCCGCUCCCUUUCGACCUCCUGCUCAAGCGGACGCAGGGCACUCGCGAGGCUGAGGCGAUCGCCAUGAUGACCGCGCGGAAUAUGGGACUCCCUGUCCCCCGCAUGCUGUCAUACGGGGAUCAUGGCGAAGGGCAGAACGGCUCCAUCCUCAUGGAUCGUGUACCUGGCAAAAUGCUCAUUGAGGUGAUCAACGACUUUCUCCGUCCGAAAUAGAGAGCAUAUCCGACGAUCUCGAUAAUGCUCUCCGUCGCUUGCGGAUGUACUCGAGUCCCUAUGGCACGAGUGUCUGUGGGGUGGAUGGUCAGGACAUUCGCAGCGCACGUGUGCCCGACUGGUACGUCGGGCCAUGCGCGGACGCUUCAUCUUUCUACGACAAGAUCGAGGUACCAGCAAAUCCUCCGUGGUGGGACGGUCUGGAACACGAAUAUCCGGGCCACGUCACCAACUUUCGGCGUUUGUAUAGCAUGUCGCACGCAGUCGUGUUCACUCAUGGGGACCUCAUGCCGCACAACAUUAUGGUCAAGGAUGGACACAUUACCGGCAUCAUCGACUGGGAAGCAGCCGGAUGGUACCCCGAGUACUGGGAGUUCACUACGAUGCUGAAGGGUCUGCGAUUAUCCAUGGGAGAGGAUGGUAGACUCUCUGGAAGGACGCCGUGGCAGCGACUGGUGUUGUCCCUGCCAAGUUACCGUUACGCAGCCGAGUAUGAAUGCGAAUGGUCUUUGUGGUGGUAUACAAUGGAAAGUUGGCCGCAGUGGUGAUCAGCUCGAAUUGUCUACCGUGCCGUUGCAUGAAUCGGCGUACACGUUCGCCUAUUCUCCGAUUCUGUCUAUGCUAGAACCUCGUCAUCCACUGUAUAUCGGUGAUCCGAGUCAUGUUUCUCACUCCACUGCCAAUGGCCAACGCAUGUUGCAGAGAUCACGGAGUCUUGACACACCUGAACCACCUUGUAUAUCAUUGCCCAUGGGAAUCGCGUGAGUGUUUGAAUCCAUAAUUAGCACUAACUCUUCAG